UUUCGUCUUCCACUUGCUGAGAAUCCAGAAGCACAUAUGAACAUUAGUGAAAUGAUUUCCUUCUGGGGUUWUCCCAGUGAGGAGUAUGAUGUCAUAACAGAAGAUGGUUAUAUCCUUCAGAUUAACAGAAUUCCUCACGGGAGAGGAAAUGCUGAAAACCAAGGCCCAAAGCCCGUGGCAUUUCUGCAGCACGGUUUACUUGGAGAAGGAAGCAUAUGGGUUACUAAUUUGGCUAACAACAGCCUGGGCUUCAUCCUGGCAGACGCCGGCUAUGACGUUUGGAUAGGAAACAGCAGAGGGAACACUUGGUGCAAACGCCAUCUGACUCUGUCCCCCAUGCGGGAGGAAUUCUGGGCUUUCAGCUUUGAUGAAAUGGCUAAGUACGAUCUCCCAGCAAUGCUAAGUUUUAUUGAACAGAAAACCAGACAAAAGCAGCUGUAUUACAUUGGUCAUUCACAAGGCACCACUAUCGCAUUUGUUGCCUUUUCCACUCUACCUGAACUGGCUCAGAAAAUCAAAUUGUACGUUGCUUUAGCCCCUGUGGCCGCUGUUAAAUUUGUUCGAAGUCCAUUAAAAAAGCUCGCACUAUUUUCUGACUAUGGGCUUAAGGCAAUGUUUGGCACCAAGGAAUUCAUGCCACACACUUCCUUUCUUGAACUGCUCAUGGGAAAAUUAUGCCCUUAUUCAAAGACCUGUAGGAACUUUUUGUUUACGCUCUUCGGCUUUAACUGGAGCAAUGUAAAUACGAGCCGAAUUGAUGUGUAUGCAGCACACGCCCCAGCAGGAACAUCAGUGCAAAAUCUCAUCCACUGGGUACAGGGAAUUCAGAGUGGUACACUGAAAGCUUUUSAUGGGGGAAGCAUAUAUAACAAUCUUCGCUACAGCCAGGUGGCUCCACCGCUCUAUGAUGUGAAAAACAUGAACGUGCCAACUGCCAUCUGGAAUGGAGAAACUGACUGUCUGUCUGAUCCUAGGGCUGUUACCCUUCUCCUUCCACAAAUACCUAACCUUGUUUACCACAAAUUAAUUCCUGGGUGGAACCAUUUGGAUUUCUUACUGAAUCUCAAUGUGACAGAGGUUUUAUAUAAAGAAAUCAUUGAUGUGAUGAAGAAGAAUCCAUAA